ACAAAGUCUUUUAUCUAUCCUUGGGGGAAUCUCAAGAAUGGCAUAUUACUUUAUUCAGCUGACGUUUUUAAAAAGACUAGUCCAAAAUCAUCAUCUUCUUCUUCAAAGGCACAACAAUCUUUUCUUUCCUCAGAUUGAUUAAAAGCAAAAAAAAAACGAAGUUUACUGACAUGAGAGGAUCGAUUGUUGCAAUAUUGGUGACUGUUGUAUCAGUUCUUGGAGCAAUUCAAGAAGUGAAUUCUGAUAAAGACCAACCUUUAUCAGGAAUUGCUAUCCAUAAAACAACAUUCCAUCUCAAUGUAAAAGCUUAUGUCAAAGCCUCUCCAACAGUUCUUGGAUCUAAUGGUCAACAUAGUGAAUUGGUGUUGGUUAAAUAUAGUUCUCCGGAACCAUCAGAUGAUGAUUGGAUUGGAGUGUUUUCUCCUGCAGAUUUCAAUGCAUCUACUUGUCCAGGAGAUAACAAAAUGGUGCAAACACCUCGACUAUGUUCUGCGCCAAUCAAGUUUCAAUAUGCAAACUUUAGUAAUCCAAGAUACAACAAUACUGGAAUAGGUUCCUUGAAGCUUCAACUGAUCAACCAGAGAUCAGAUUUCUCAUUCGCGCUCUUUUCUGGCGGUUUGUUGGAUCCAAAGCUUGUGGCCAUCUCAAACAAAGUAGCCUUUGAGAACCCAAAUGCACCAGUUUACCCGCGAUUAGCACUAGGCAAAGAAUGGGAUGAAAUGACAGUAACAUGGACUAGUGGUUAUGGACUCAACCUAGCUCAACCUGUUGUUGAGUGGGGCAUUAAAGGAGGAGAGAGUAAACUCUCACCUGCUGCGACAUUGACCUUCGGGCGUAACAGCAUGUGCGGUGCUCCUGCAAGAACGGUGGGAUGGCGUGAUCCCGGAUACAUACACACAGCUUUCCUCAAAGAGUUAUGGCCUAAUUCCAAGUAUACCUACAGAGUUGGGCAUAGAGUGUCCAGUGGUGCAUUUAUCUGGAGUAAAGAGUACCAGUUCAAAUCUUCUCCUUUCCCGGGACAAAACUCUCUCCAACAAGUUGUUAUCUUUGGAGACAUGGGAAAGGCUGAAGUUGAUGGCUCGAACGAGUACAACGAUUUCCAACGUGCUUCUCUCAACACCACAAAGCAACUUAUUAGAGACUUAAAGAAGACUGAUGCAGUAUUCCACAUUGGAGAUAUAUGUUACGCAAAUGGAUAUCUUUCUCAAUGGGACCAAUUCAUAGCACAGAUUGAGCCAAUUGCUUCCACUGUUCCAUACAUGAUUGCAAGCGGAAACCAUGAACGUGACUGGCCCAACUCAGGUUCAUUUUACCAGGGUUUAGACUCUGGAGGAGAAUGUGGUGUACCAGCUGAGACAAUGUUCUACGUAGCUGCUCAAAACAGAGCCAAGUUCUGGUACUCAAGUGACUACGGAAUGUUUAGGUUCUGUGUGGCUGACACAGAACAUGACUGGAGAGAAGGAACAGAGCAAUACAACUUCAUCGAGCACUGUCUAGCAUCAGUUGAUAGGAAACAGCAGCCGUGGCUGAUAUUCAUUGCUCACCGUGUGCUCGGUUACUCCUCCACAUCGUUCUAUGCAGAAAAAGGCUCUUUUGCCGAACCAAUGGGAAGAGACAGUCUUCAAAAGCUAUGGCAGAAGUACAAAGUCGACAUUGCAGUCUAUGGCCACGCACAUAACUACGAGAGAACAUGCCCGGUUUAUCAGAGUGUAUGUACGACUCAUGAGAAGAACAACUACAAAGGUCCGUUGAAUGGGACGAUCCACAUUGUUGCUGGAGGUGGAGGAGCUGGUCUUGCUGAAUUCUCUGAUCUUCAACCUAACUGGAGUCUUGUAAGAGAUAAAGAUUACGGAUUCGUUAAACUUACAGCGGUUGAUCACUCUAACCUUCUGUUCGAGUAUAAGAAGAGCAGUGAUGGACGAGUCCAUGAUUCUUUCACAAUAUCAAGAGACUACAGAGAUAUCUUAGCUUGUGCUGUUGAUAGUUGCCCUGCAACAACACUUGCUUCAUAGAGACUUUGCUACUGCUUGAGCACUUCUGUAUUCAAUUGCUCCUUGGUCUUUUUAUUAAACUGUUGGGAGUGUUUACUGUUUACACAUCAAUUAUACGUACUUUACAGAGAGGCUGCUGUGUGGAGAUAUCAUAAAUGAAACUUAGCUUAAACGCGACAGAGCUAGAGAAAGAAUCAUUUGAUGAUGAUACUUUCAUGUUCACAAAUAUUACACCCUAGAGAAAA